AUGGUGGUUGAGUAUGAGGGUGGUGGUGGUGACAUGGUGGUGGUUGAUAAUGCUGAGAGGCGUGCGCCCUUUCCUGUCGUCGACAUUGAGGAUUGGGUAGCUCACAUGCUACCUUACAUGGUGGGUAUCCGAGACUGGGCCAUUUUCGUCAAACGCUUCGGACUGAAGGUUUUGUCUGUGAUAGGCCUACGGAUUUCCAAAAAGAAGGCUCCAAUCCUGGCAUUUCGCCAGGCCAUUGCAUCAGCGGGGAUGCAAUUUACCAUAGGCGCGUCUUCGCCUAGGGCCGAAGAGGUAUGUGAAGGCGGGGGACCUGUACGAUCUGUUGAAGGCGACACAUCGUCUGCUGUCGGAGGAUAUGGAGCGGCACAUGCGGAGGACGAUGGUUCAGGCUCGGACAUCGAUCCCGAAGAUGUGCGAGCUUUCUUGGAACGACAUACCUGCGUGGAAGUGAGGACGGAGGGCCCUAACCGACACGUAAUCAUUCCUGCGGAUUACGAUCUUUUGGUGAACUCCGAGCAGGUAGUGUCAGCAUUUGCCCCUUUGUGUGCUGCUUCCGAGAACACGGCACUUCAGGCGGUGAGUGAUGCGGAAUUAUCGCGCAGUAUUUCUGGCAUGGCUUUGCGGACUCUUAUCAUGGAGAUUGAGAACGAUCGGAGGGAUGAACGGAGGACGGCCGUGUUUGGGAAGUUGGCCUCUAAGUACAAAGAGUAUCACACCAAGAACCGUGCAUUGGCCGAUGUCUUUACUCAAGAUAGCAAUUUUCAGCUAUUUCGUGAUGGGCUUAAGCAAAAAGAGGAAGAGUUGGCGCAGAAGGUUAAUGAGCUGAAAGAGCGGGACGACGAACUCACGAGGGCCAUUGGUCGAUGUAGCAAGCUUGAGGCGGCCCUUAAGGCCAAGGAUGAUGAGCUUGAAGUGAGCAAGGGGAUAACCGCCGAGAACGCUGACCUUCAAGCUCGGGUGGCUGCCUUAACUGCUGAACUUGGGCGAAGAGAGGCGGAGGCUGUCGACUUGAGGGGUGAAUUGAGCACCAAAGCUGAUGACUUGGCUCGUGCUGAAAAGGGCAGGAUAACUGUCGUAUCUGAAGUAGCGACCGUAGAGGGUGCCCUCCGGGUUAGUAGGUCAAAGCGGGACAAUAAGCUGGAAACGCCAGCGCUUAAGGUGGCAAGAUUAGAAAAACAGAUUCAAGAUCUGGAGGCGGAGUUGUCCGUGUCGAACGAUCAGGCUGCUGCUUUGAAGAUAGAGGAAGCUAACGGGAAGGUUUUCGAGGCAGAACUCGAGGGUAUACGUGUUAAAGCACGUGCAGCUCAUGAGGCCUGCGGCUAUGAUCCCGGUACGCCUGUCAGAGAUGAUGUUGAUGAUAAUGAUGCGGACAGGCUCGCCUCCGAUUCUUGGUAUAACGAGGAGUAUGCUGCGGGAGACGAUGUGGCGUAG